AUGGCAAGUGUUGCUGCUUGGCUUCCAUUUGCUAGAGCAGCUGCUAUUGGAUGGGUACCAUUAGCUAAAAACCCAUUACCACCACCACCAUUUCGAAUUCCUCCACAAACAUCAUCUUCACCAUCAACAUCGACAACAUCAAACGGAACAAGUCCAAACGAAAGGAGGUGUGAUGAAAAAAUUAUAAUUAAUGUCAGUGGUAGACGUUUUGAAUGUUGGCGUUCAACAUUAGAAAAAUAUCCUGAUUCACUAUUAGGAUCAAAUGAAAAAGAAUUCUUUUAUGAUGAAGAAACUAAAGAAUAUUUUUUCGAUCGAGAUCCUGACGUAUUUCGAAUUAUACUAAACUUUUAUCGUACUGGUAAACUACACUAUGCUAAACACGAAUGCAUAGCGGCUUAUGACGAAGAACUCGCUUUUUUCGGUAUACUACCGGAUAUUAUCGGUGAUUGUUGUUACGAAGAUUAUCGUGAUCGUAAACGAGAAAAUCAAGAACGUCUUAUUGACGAUCGUCUACACGAAGAUGAAGAUAAGGCACAGCCUCAACCAAAAUCAGCGCGUGAAUCGAUGUGGCGAGCGUUUGAAAAUCCAAAUACUUCUACAAUGGCAUCUGUUUUCUAUUAUGUGACAGGAUUUUUUAUUGCCGUUUCGGUAAUUGCAAAUGUUCUUGAUACGAUUGCUUGUGGACCAAAUCCUGAGACCGGUUAUAUUUGGUCAUGUGGUGAACGUUUUGGUCAACAAUUUUUUUGUCUCGAUACUGCUUGUGUUAUGAUAUUUACGGUAGAAUAUUUUCUUCGAUUGUAUGCUGCACCUGAUCGUUUAAAAUUUGUUCGUAGUGUUAUGAGUGUCAUUGACGUUGUCGCUAUUAUGCCAUAUUAUAUCGGUUUAUUUAUGCCAAAAAAUAAAGGCGAAGUAAGCGGCGCUUUUGUGACGUUGCGUGUAUUUCGUGUAUUCAGGAUAUUUAAAUUUUCUCGGCAUAGCCAAGGAUUACGUGUUCUCGGUUAUACGUUAAAAAGUUGUGCGAGUGAACUCGGUUUUCUAUUAUUUUCGUUAACAAUGGCCAUUAUUAUUUUUGCUACUGUUAUGUACUAUGCAGAGAAAAGUGUAGUGCACACAAAAUUUACAAGUAUACCAGCAGCCUUUUGGUACACAAUCGUUACAAUGACAACACUCGGAUACGGUGAUAUGGUUCCAAAAACAUGGACGGGCAAAAUUGUUGGAGGUGUGUGUUCAUUGAGUGGAGUAUUAGUCAUUGCAUUACCGGUUCCAGUCAUAGUAUCAAAUUUCAGUCGUAUUUAUCAUCAGAGUCAACGAGCAGAUAAAAUGAAAGCGCAGCGAAAAAUGCGUCAAACACGAAUUCGUUUAGCUCGUAAUGCGACAAGUAAUGCAUUUGUGGCAGCAAAACGUCGACGUGAACAAUUUUUACUUGAUGAUAGUCAAGAUCGAAUAGCAUUGAUAAACCCAUUUGAACUCCAACAUCAUCAUUUAUUGCAUUGUUUAGAAUUAACAACCGAUCGUGAGUUCGUUGAAAUGGGUCCUGAUACUUUGAUGAGUAGUGGUGGUGCGGGUUCUUUAUCUGUGAGAGGACGUUACCAUGAUCGUUCCGGUGCUCAAAAUAAUAAUAAUAAUGGCAACAGUGACGAGGACGAUGAGAUUAAAGAACUGAAUGAUUUUCAAAUGCCAUUGUCGGCAACCCCAUUAACUACAAUUAAUAUCAUUCCGAUGAAAGAGAAUCAACAAAAUUCUAGUUCACGAUUCAAUAAAUUAAAUUUGUGUAAUAAACAACAACCACAACAGAAACAAAAUUUAAAUAGAAAAGCUAAUAGUCUUAUUACUGUAACACAAGAAGGUGUUUACGGGAGUGAUGGUCCAGCUCGUUCGAGUUCACCGAUGCACACAUUUUUAACACAUAGUCGAAGUGAAUCGUUUCGUUUAAGAUCACCAUCGAGUACAAUAGGUGUGAUGUUUGUUGGUUUUUGUUUGGAUAUACGUGGUACAGGAUUAUUUGAGAAUCGUGGUGCGCGUAGUUUAAAUAUCAAAAGUAUCUUCUGGGCACACGAAAGUUUACAUGAACGUCAAAUUGAUUGA